AUGAAGUUCCUUGAAAUCAUCAUCUGCACUGCAGCGCUGAUGCCAGUCGUCGCUGCAGACUGGCAAUUCAAAUCUCGAACAGACCUGGCUCCACCUCGUUUGAACAUCACCAUCCCAGCUGCAAAGGAUGUCGAGAAGGGCUACCUCUUCGUCGCACCUUUCCCGGGCCAGUGGGCCGAGCCUCAAUUUCACGGUCCUCGCCAAGAAGCUCCCUAUAUCUUCCGAGAUGAUGGGGAACUGGUGUGGUCGGGCUACACCUACUUCUCCAUCUGGGCAGCCAACUUUCAAAAGGCGAAGUGGAAGGGCCAGGAAGUGUUGUUCAGCUUCGAAGGCGACCAUAACCCGACUUAUGGUCAUGGCCAUGGCCAUGCAACUAUCUUGAACCAGCGUUAUGAAACCAUUCGAGAAGUGCGCGCUGGGAAUCACAAGCUGAUGGAUAAGCAUGAAUUUCAUGUCAUUGACGAGAAGACUGCGUUGCUUCAGGUUUAUCAGCCUGUACCAAGAGAUCUAUCACGUUGGGGUGGUAGUCCCGAGCAACAGUGGAUUGUCGAUGCUAUUUUCCAAGAAUUGGACAUUGAGACUGGAGAACUGCUCUUCGAGUGGUCCAGUCUUGAGCACGUCACACCUGAUGAGGCUGUUCUUCCUCUCAAUCCCGGACAAGCAGGUGCUGGAUACAACUCCUCGGACGCAUGGGAUUACUUCCACAUCAACUCCGUGGACAAGGAUGUCGAAGGCAACUAUCUGAUCUCUGCUCGCGAUGCCUGUGCAGUGCACAAGAUUAACGGUACCACCGGCAAGAUCAUCUGGCGACUUGGCGGUCUGCGAUCCGACUUUGAAUUCGGGCCCAACGUCAAAUUCUGCUUCCAGCAUCACGCACGCUUCGUGGACCAGAGUGACGAUAGAGAAAUCGUCUCUCUCUUUGACAACUCUGCUCACGGAACCGAGAACCACCGCGGCAAAGAAGUCCACACCCAUCCAUUCUCGCAGGGCAAGGUCAUCUCUGUCAACACGGCUACCUGGACUGCAGAAAUUGUGCAGGCCUUCCAGCCUCCUGAUGGACUUCUAGCCAAAUCCCAGGGAAGCACUCAGCUUCUUCCCAACGGUAACGCACUGGUCAACUGGGGCUCCGAAGGUGCCAUGACUGAAUUUCGUGCAGAUGGUACACCCAUCUUCCACGCAUACAUGGACUCGGGAUUCUUGGGCGAGGGCGCCCAAAACUACCGAGCAUUUCGAUACAACUGGACUGGCCUUGCAACCGAAGAGCCGGCUAUAAUUGCCGAGAAAACUUCUUCGGGAACUGCAGUCUAUGUCUCCUGGAAUGGCGAUACCGAGACUGCGGUCUGGCGAUUCUAUGCAAUCACCGACCGAUAUGGGUCGCGGUCAUUUUUGGGCGACGCGAAGCGUGAUGGCUUCGAGACUUCAUUCCUAAUUAAUGGCCACUCGCACCAGACCGUGGCAGCUGAGGCUGUCUCUGUUCGUGGUCGCAUCUUGGCUACCACUCGAGUUGCUCAUAUCGAGGAUGCUGUUCUCCCUCCCUAUGAUGGCGUUGUUGCGGAUUCAGAGGAUCGUGGUUCUUGGAGACAGUUGGUUUUGCAGGUUUAG